UUGGAAAAGAGAGGCUUUGGAACUAAUGUGAAGUGUAUCCAUUGCGGCUCACGCGAAACUGCAUCCCAUCUCUUUCUACACUGUCGUUUUGCAAAGAGUAUGCGGGAGCUAGCACCAGUAACCCCUCCAGAAAUAAUUUCAUCUGCGUUGAGCUUCGAGGCAGGCCUGAAAGCGUCAACAAAGUUAACAAACCUUCCACCAUCAGGCCUAGCUAACGGCCCUCUGUUUCCUUGGAUUUGCUGGACCAUUUGGACUACAAGGAACCAGCAAAUAUUUGAAAACAGAGUGAUCACGGUGGAGGAAACAUUGUCUAAAGCCAUAUGCCUAGCAAAAGAAUGACAAGAAGCUCAGGUACCACUACAACAGCAGGAUCAAGCCAGCUCAGCACGUGAGAGAGUCACUCCACCCAGAUCAGUGACGACAAAAAACCCUGAAGGGAUCGUUAUUCAUACCGAUGCGGUUUGGAAGGCGGAAACAAAACAUGCAGGACUAGGCUGGAUUUACUCCGACGCCACCGGUGAAACUACAUACAUGAACAGCAAAACUGAAGAAUUCGUAUCUUCUGCAUUAGUGGCUGAAGGACUGACCAUCCGUGAAGCUAUGCUACAAGCCAGACAGAUGGGCUUCUCCACCUUUACAAUCUACUCAGACGUUAGUCAGAGCUAUCAACGACAGAUCUACUCUUAAAGAACUGUUUGGGAUCAUCCAUGACAUCCUUAACUUGUCUCUUGAGUUCUCUGUAACUUCCUUUAGUUAUAUCACUCGCUUAAAGAAUUCAGCUGCUGAUGGCCUUGCUAAAGGCGCUCUGCUUUCUGCUACUUGUGUAUCGUGAACUCCCCCUUUUUAAAUUUAAUAAAAUGUCGUUCAAAAAAAAAAAUCGUUGGAUACAUGCAUGCAUCAUAGUAAUACACGGCAAAAAGUAGCUCAAAAGUCAAAAAGAAGAAGAAAACGUAGCUCAAUUAUAUGGACACCAUUAAUAUCACAUUGCUUGCUUAACUAUACCAUUUAUUAAUUUUGUUAUUAUGAUGCAUGCAUUUUGUUUAAAUCUCUUUCUUAUCUCCCCAAAUAUAUAUAUAUAUAUAUAUAUCCUCUAUGGUCUCUAUUCCUUUCUGCAAAUUAAACUGAAGGGUGAUCAUCCUUAACUAAGCAUUCCUAGUAAAAGUGAGCGAUUUUGUUCCAAUGGUGAACAAUACAGCUGAGAGUAGUGAGUCUAGCGAUGACGAACAGAGUUACUCAUCCUCAUCUGAAGAAUGGUCCAAGUCAUCGGACGAUGCUGAUGAAAUUGUGGAAGUCAAUGGGUUUCAGGUUCUUGAUUCACAGGUAAACCAAGUGAUGGCAAUCUUUGAGAAAUAUCCAGACAUGGCAUCAGAUUUCAGUUUAAAGAAUCAACAGCUUAGAAAUGCUUACAUGGGUGUUCUUCUCAACGUAAUUAUGACACUAUGCCAAUCGCCUGAUGAGCUCACAAUGGACGAUUUAAACAAAGCAGACCGCACAGUUUUGGAUCUAACAAAAGCAGGCUUUAAGUUGCAUUGGUUGCGUCAGAAAGUAGACGAGGCUUUCCUUAAAAAGGAGAAAAAACGGGAGAUUAGGGCACAGAUUAGAUUACUUGAGGAAAAAGUCAAGAAGCGAAAGCUGUCUUUGUCAGAUUUAGAAUCUGCUUUGAAGAAGCAGAAAGCUUCAGCUUUGGCUAUUGAAACACCAUUUGAUUUCAGUGAUAUUGUUUGAUAAAAGGAAGUCACUGGUUGAGAGUUUUAGUUGAACCUCUCUGCUUAUUUCCUCAACUUUUCUUAUUUCAAUACAGUCUGUCUUCUUUGAAGAAAAAGAGUUUACGUAUGGAUCAAGUAUCGUAUACACCAUUUCUUACAGAAUAAAUAUGAAACAGAGCAUCUGCGUCCCAAGUUUUCAUGUAUACACACCGAAGAGUGAACCUUAGCUUAGGCCUUGGCAUUUUAACCUGGACCCGAAGACACGAACCGGAACCGUCCCAAAAAUACCCGAUCCGGAACCGGACCGAAAAUUUACAAGUACCUUUUGGGUCUAAAUUUUUUUUACCCGAAAGAACCGGAACCGAAAAAGAACCGAUCCGAAUAGACUCGGACCCGAAAAGAACCGACCCGAAUAGACCCGAUCCGAUA